UCCCGAAUAAUAUAUAAGCAGUACGUUUGAUUUUGCAGUAUCAGCCCAGUAGUAGACAAGUACUAAUAAAUCCAUAUAGUAGUAAGUAGUAAGUCCGUCAAUCCGUUGGUUUAUCUUUUUAUUUGACUCUGCCUCAAACACCCAACAAAUUCUCACCACUUUCCUAUUAUUUCAUUUCAUUAUUCAAAAAGACCCCACUCUGUAAAUUCCAUCUCCAAAUCUCUUCCUCCUUCCCCCGGCGUCUCCGAUCCACCACCAUGAGCCACCACCGCCACCCUCCCCAACCACCGCCACCACCGCCACCCUUACCGAUCAACCAUCAAUCGGCGGCUCAAAUCUUUACAAAGACUGCCAGGUUCUUCAUCUCUCACCCUCUCACCCUCGUCUUCAUCGUAUCCCUCGUCUUCACAUUCCGAUACAACGUCGAGAACGGGGCCGACUACCUCAUCUCCUUCGUUGACGGCGAUCCUUCUUUAAAGUCACUUAUCUCCCGUCUCGACCUGUCUGGGCAUCAUCAUUACCAGCAGCAUCGCCACCAAUUGCACGUACGCCGCCGCCGCCGGGCGUUUCUCCACCUCUCCCGUGUCGGAACCCUCGAUGAAGACUUCUUCUCCGGGGACGCCGAUUACGAGCGCUCGCUCUUUCAUCCCACCACCAAAUCCCAACCCAAUGGGACCUAUCUUUUCCUUUCCAAUUUCAAUUUCAGCUCUGGUUUUGCUACUGAUCCCGACAUCGACAACGGCGUUUCUUUCCCUAAAACCAUUCGUUCCGGCGUUGUUUCUUUUAAACCCCCUCCGGAGCCGGUAGAAACCCGCCAAGAGUUUGUGCAAUCUGAUGAGAAUGUUACCGACGAUGAUUCGAAUUCUGUGGUCGAUUUGCAAUUCUUGCUGAGGGGUCUUGAAUUGGGCCGGCGGGAUACUACUGCAUUACUUUAUUUUAUUGGGAUUUUAUCAGCUGCUUACGGUUAUGUGAUCUUGGCGUUCCUGGUUACGUACACUUGGGUUAAUGGUAUAGUAUUCUAUAGGGUUUUAAAUGAUUUGUUAGGCAAACCCAAGAACAUCUUCAGGGCCGUUUGGGAUGGUUCCAAUUUGGGUUUAAGAAGACUUUCUGGGUUUGUUUUGAUGCGGUGGGCAGUGAGGGACGCUUUGGCUCAGUUAAUGGGGAUAUAUUUUUUUGGGGAAAUUGAUGAUCAGUAUAGAUUCUUUAAGAUUUUUAUGAGGAUGAAGCUGAUGCCCUUUUCUGAUACAUUGCCCUGGGUUAUGGGGUAUGAAAAGGAGAGCUUUGGGUUUGUUGCAUCCUGGUUUUUUGUGGAAUUGGUUGUGUCAUUUAUGUUUGCUGUGGAUACUUGGGUUGCUAUUGUUGACUCGAGGAAGAGUGGGAAGGAGGUAGUCAAAGAAGGUUGUCACUUAUUGGCGACACUGUUACAGCCUGCCGUGGAGAUCAAGUGCUGGGAAUUAAUUGUUUGUGGAUGGCCUUUGAGAUGGCUUCUGAGUGUAAUGGUUGGAGAGAUGUUUGCAUUGCUCUUUCAAUCAGUCAUGGAAGUUCAUUUUAUGGUGGCUUGGCUUUUGUUUUACUUGGCAGCCAGGCAUAAAGAUGCCACUCUAAGUGGGAGGGAAUUUGGGCAGAGAGAGUUGGAGGUCUUCCUCGAGGGAGCAAGAUAAUAUUCGUUGAAAAUUGGCUGAUGAUUAUCUUGCAAGCUUCCAUUGUGGCUAUGAAGAUGGCCGUGUUUGGCUCGGACUGAAAGCUGCUGCAAUCUGUUGAGCUCUUUGUCAAAAUGCUUUGCAGCAUGCAAUGUCUCUACCAUCCGAGGCUUUGCAUUGCACUUGGUUCGGCACUGCCAUUUGUUGGUCAAUCAACAGCUCUGCUAUCGUAUGUACUUUACCACGAGGCAAUAUAUAACUUGUAUAUUUGCAUGAGAAAUCUUCAUGUGUAUAAGAUAUGAAAUUCAGUUUUUCUUGCACACCAUCUGAUUGGUUUGUGUUUUUGUCUUGGGAAUUCAAGACUGUUGAAAUGAGUCAUCUUUGUAUCCUGUAUUUGUUGUAGGGAGAGUUGAACUGUAGCGAAAAUGUAGUUGUAGCGGUGCUGUGUUUAAAGAUGAUUUCUUCAGGUGUACCCAAAUGUUUGAAACUAAAUUCAUGCCAAGGCAUAACUAUUUUUGACUGGAAAUUGGAGUUUCUUUUUCCCCCUUUCGAAUAGAUGCUCAGAUGCUGCAUUGCUGGAAGCAUAUUUAUCUGUGCAUGUAUAAAGCAUCAAGAUGGAAAACAUCUUAUUGGAAACUUAUACAAGUUACAGUUACCCUGACCUUUUGGUUCUCGAAAAGGUAUUUAUGUCUCUAAUGGUGAAUCUUGAUCUGUUUUGUACAAGUGUGCGUGU